AUCUCAGCUGACUGGGGUGAGAAGACCCAAUGCUUUUACUAUGCUACAGGACCAUUCUCUGAUAACAGGGCAACGACUGAAAGCGAUUUCGUGGGAGAUCUAUAUAGCUAUCUUUCGGAAUAUCACCUUGAAGAACUUGAUUACUGGAUAGACCGCAUAAAAAGCUGCGAUUUCAGCGCAAACACUGACCGCUUGGUCUUUUCUGUUCCUGGUUACCACCAUUCUACUCGGAUGAGCAAGUUUGGCCAUCCAUCUCUUGCACGACUUCUUAAGGAACGACCUGCACCGAAAAAAGGUGCACGUCAACUCUUUAUCGUUCAGUGUAGUUCCAUAGGCGUGCUGGGUGACAACGGCAAAGCUUGGCUUCUUGAUCAGCUCCUAAAUUCUCUGCAAGGUGGCAAAAGCCGAGAUCUGGGUGUGUUUGGUGGCAUACCGAAAAUAUUCUUAUAGGAUGUACGAAAUUCUCUAGAGGGCUAUCGUGCUGGAGAUUACAUUCCUUAUCCGGAGUUGACUGCUUUGGGACAAACAUGGCUGGAUGAGGUGAUGUGCAAGUGGAAGAGCGACAGCGCUGGCAGGAGUAGGGCAAUGCCUCAUGUGAAGACUUAUACGGAAAUAGUGGAUGGUAAACCGCAAUGGCUGCUCGUGACUAGCGCAAAUCUUUCCCGAGCUGCAUGGGGCGAGUAUCAGAAGAAAGACAGCAGCCAGUUCAUGGUUCGCUCCUAUGAACUUGGCGUUCUGAUAACAGAUCCGCAUCGACUCAAACUUCCUUACGAUUAUCCCGUCACAAGGUAUGGUGCCGCUCAAGCAUUUUUCGUCUUUUACAUGUUUUCCUGA